AUGGAUGUUCAAGAAACUGGAGAAAAGUCUUCUGAAGAUGGCAAGGAUGGCGAACAAAAGAAGCCAGUGUUUGAAGCGGAGGAGAAAGACGAUGAUAAAACUGAUGACACAGCAGAUAAGAAAAAUGAUAAGUCAGGAAAAGGUGACGAAAAAGAGGAAAAGGACACGACAAAGGAAACAGAGAGUGGUGAGAGUGAAAGUGUAGAGCAAGGUGACGUGGUUGAUAAAAAGGAUUAAUGAAGGAAAAAGGGAAGUUGAGUCAGUUGAAAAUUCUUUUCAUGAGGCUGACGGUAAGAGGGAUUCUGAUCAAACAGAAAAAGCGCCAAAAGAGAAAAGCGGAGAGAGCCAGAAAAAAGAAGAAGAGUUAGAAACCGAUAACACUAAUGAUAAACCCUCACAGAAAAUAGACUGAUCAAAAGGAGGGCAAACCGGCUGGAGAUGCUGUAGAAUCAGAUAAAAAGGCAACUGACAAUACAGCAGAAAAGACCGAAUCGCCUGCGAAAACAGAUCAGGCCCCUAUUAAAACUGAUCCGGUAGCAGUCCCUAAACAGGAGAAAUCUACUGUGAAAUCGGCUGGACUGAGUAAGCCUGCAAGUGCAGCUAAUGAACAGCAGUGGUUCAUGUUUAACAUUGCCGACGGUGGAUUUACUGAGCUGCAUACUCUGUUGGAAGUGGAGGAGAAAAGGAAGUGCGAUGAUAUCUGGUGGAGAUGCCAUGAUUACUGGCUUCUGGCUGGAGUUGUUAUGUAUCCUGAACACAGUUAUUGAAGUAGUUGCUGUAUUAUUUCCUUUAUUCUUUCCCAUCCCAUUUUGUGGUCUAAGUUUUGUAUUGGGUAUCCAGAUUUAAAAUGUUUGUCGAGUCUAACUACAUGGCAUUUGAUCAUUGACAUCUAAGUGUUUGUCCGCUACUUGCCAUUCGAGGUGUUUUACUAAAGAGUUUAAGCUUCAAGUAUGCAGCAAACGGCAAACGUCAGAUUCAAGUUGAGAAUUUCUCAAAAUAGAAAAUGAGUAGAUAAAAGCAGGUCAAGUAUAAUACUUAUGGAUGAAAAAUUGCGUGAAACACUAAUUUUUGUGUAGAAAUAAUUAACAGUAAACCACAAGUAAAGGGAAAACUUGGUCACGUGGUACAAAUUCGCGUUUGCCGUUUGGCGUAAACGUGAUGCUUUUAACCUCUCUACUUAUGGAUCUCUGUCGAGGGGGGAUAGAAGAGAACGUUCUUUCAGGCGCGUCUUAGAAAUUUUCAUUCUGCGGAAUUUAAAGUAUCCUGUACCCAUUCCUUCCACAUAGCUCUGCAGUGUGUGAACGGUCAAGAUUUUAAAAAAAAUCAGCUCUUUCCCUCGCCUAACCCUGGACCUGAAAUAGCCUGGCCCCAGUUGUUCAAACGUUGGAUAGCGCUAUCCACCGGAUGAAUCAAUUUUUAGCGGAAAAGUAUUAGGGGAGCCAAAUGCGCCAGCCAGUGCAAAGAGAUUAAUCCAGUGGAUAGUCCUAUCCAUCUUUUGAACAACUGGCGUCUGAUUGAAGGGUAUGUGCUGUUUGGACUUAUUUGUUUUGUAAUUGGUUGUUUGUCUACCCUCGAAGCACUUAGGAGUUCUUAAGAACUCGUUAAAACGUGUCCGUGCGUUCCAAAUCGAAUUCAAACUUGGAAGUGUUGGUUUUUACGGAGAGGAGAAAACCGGAGCACCCGGAGAAAAACCUGUCGGAACAAGGGAGAGAACCAACAACGAACUCAACUCACAUAUGACGUUGACUCCAGAAUUCAAACCUGGGCCACAUUAGUGGCACUCGGGUGCUCUCACCACUGCGCGCGCGUCAGCCUUGUUCCUCAGCUGACAAUAGCCUACGUUCGAUAUAUCAACUCCAAUGUUUUUUGGUUUGGUUUUCUUUGUGGUUAGGUCUCCUUUGGGAAUUACCAGACAAUAACAUCGUAAACAUUUUGCUUUUUUUUUUCGGAAAGCCUCUUAGUCAUAUUAGAAUUCCGAUAUAUCGAACGUUGGCUCUUCAGUAGAAGGUGCAGUUUAGUAGAGCGGAAAACAAAAAAAUGCUGAAGAAAAUCCAGCGGAGACAAAGUCAUUUUAUCUAAAACUACAACCAUCCGAACUGCGACUUAAAAUUUUAAUUGCCUUAUAAUAGAGUAUUUUAUAAAAUUUCUCUACUUUUGUGAGAUUGCGAAAAUUGGUGGCAAUAGGGUAUUUUGUUUCUCCUUGACAUUCUCUCUCUUUCAGUCACGGUUAUGGCAGGUGGUAGGAUAUCGCUAAUGAUCGCAAGUUUGAGGUGGUCAAUGAUCCGUUCAAAAAUG